GCUGAUCUUCGGGCAUGAGAGUUCUGGAGCAGCCUCGACAAGCAUACCAGGCGCCAGGAAACCGGCGUUUUGCUCUGCAACAGAAGAGAAGGCCCCCACUGGCCUCCCGUGCGUUUUUUUUGCUCUUUCGUUGCUCCCGAGCGUGCAACGGCUUCUCAGAAACGAGACAAUGCCGACGUCCAACAGCUACGGCGACGGCGCUUUCCCGAGAUCGAUACCCAAAUCCAUUAACCAGCCUCGCCAGGCGUCGUCGGGCAACACACUCGCCAGGAGCUUCAUGUACAGCAGCUAUAAACCGAACAUGACGUCGCCGAUCAACUCGAUAUCUCUUCAGGUGCACUCUUCUGACUCCGUCCACGAGGACUCAGCCGGCCUAGCGGCGAUCGCCGUGCCGGACAUCGACACCGACGACACCGCCGACGAGUCGCCGCUGUCAACAACGCCUAGCAACACGUAUCCGAGCUACUCUACCGCUGUGGCAGAGUACUCCCCCGUUGACGAGACGUCCAACAUGUUGCCCAUCACCCACCAGACAAGCCACGCGUCGCUGAGCUUUUACGGGUCCUACGACGAUCCGCACGUUGACAUCGACCCUGCGUUUGACCUCGAGGCUUUAAAGACCAAGCAAAGCUCUUUCUCCUUGCGGAACACAAUAGACUUCUUCAAGGAGGCAGACAAGGACACCCUUCUCCAUGAAUGCGUGUACAGGCCCCUCGGAUACAUGCCUGCGGUCUUUCUUGGCACGUUGCUCAACGUGCUCGACGCUUUGUCGUACGGGAUGAUCAUGUUCCCCAUUGGAGAGACAGUGUUCUCCUCUAUGGGGCCUGCAGGCUUGUCUAUGUUCUAUGUCUCGACAGUCAUUUCACAGCUUAUAUAUUCUUUCGGGGGCUCCGCCUUCAAGAGCGGAAUCGGAUCGGAAAUGAUCGAAGUGACCCCAUUUUUCCACCAGAUGGCCAUCAGUAUCAUGCUAAAGUUGCAGAAUGACGAAAGGUACGCACAGAGCCCCAGCCUUCAGGACAUUAUCAUCACCACGACGAUCUUUACUUUUGCUAUCUCUGCCAUAGUCACAGGUUUGUGCUUCGCCAUACUAGGCAAAUGUAAGUUAGGGAAGCUGGUCGGGUUCUUCCCAAGACACAUUUUAGUCGGUUGCAUAGGCGGUGUUGGCUACUUUCUGUUUGUCACAGGUAUCGAAGUCUCCUCUAGAUUGGAAGGUGGCAUAGAGUACAACUGGGAAACCCUCAUGUACCUUUUGCAACCGCUCCCCUUCCUACAAUGGACGAUUCCAUUAUUGCUGGCAAUAAUAUUGAUUAUCAUCCAACGUUACAACUCCAAUCCUUUGAUUGUCCCAUGCUACUUUAUUGGCGUGUUUGCUGUGUUCCAUUCACUCGUGCUUGCAGUUCCGUCUUGGAACUUGGGCUUGGCACGUGACUACGGUUGGGUCUUUACAGCGCAAAACUCCAACGAGCCAUGGUAUUCUUUCUACCACUAUUACGACUUCAAGCUUUGCGAUUGGUGGUUGGUUUUGGACCAACUUCCAACCAUGCUUGCUUUAACGUUUUUCGGUGUUCUACACGUCCCCAUCAAUGUUCCAGCGUUGGCAUUGACCAUUGGAAUGGACACAUUCGAUGUUGACAGGGAGUUGAUGGCUCACGGUGCAUCUAAUUUCAUAAGUGGAUUGUGUGGUUCCAUACAGAAUUAUCUUGUAUAUACCAACUCCGUCUUAUUCAUCAGGUCAGGUGCCGAUUCUAGGUUGAGUGGAGUGAUGCUAGCCAUCGCAACGUCCGGCAUAAUGUUCAUCGGCCCAGUUCUAAUUGGAUACAUUCCUGUCUGUGUUGUCGGCUCAUUGAUUUAUCUUCUAGGAUAUGAGUUAUUGAAGGAAUCUGUGUGGGAUACAGUAGGAAGGUUGAGAAAGUUUGAAUACAUCACUAUCAUCAUCAUCGUAUUGACCAUGGGCGCUUGGGAUUUCGUGUAUGGUAUUUUGGUUGGUAUCUUAUUGGCAUGUGUUUCCUUUGUCAUUGAAGCCGGUAGUAAGAGGGUGAUUAGUGCAGUAUACACAGGUGAAUAUGCGAGGUCAAUUGUUGCUAGGCAUCCAAAACAGCUAGAAUUUUUGAAAAACGUCGGAAAACAAAUCUGCAUCUUGAAACUAUCCGGUUCCUUGUUUUUUGGCUCGAUCGGAGGGUUGGAGGAUGAGGUCAGAAACAUGUUUGAUGUUGCCAACUAUACAAAACAACCUAUCAAGUAUUUGAUUUUGGAUCUGAACAACGUUUUGACCUUUGAUUUUUCUGCCACCGAAGGAUUUAAGAGAAUUCGAAAUUUGCUGAUGGAAAAACAAUGCUACUUUUUGUUAUCAUCAAUUGACAACAAUUCUGCCAUAGUUGAUUCAUUGAAGUUCUGUGGACUAUGGGAGACGGAAGAGCACCAAGAAAAAAUCCAGAUGUUCAAUAAUUUAAAUUCUGCAUUAGAAUGGUGUGAAAAUAUUUUCUUGAAACACUACAAGGAAUUGAUUGCUCAGAGUAAACAACCAAGCCUUACAAUAGGGAAAGAAAUAAAAAAGAAACAGACAGUCGGUACCUACAAUGGUUCUUCUUCGGGUGGUACUGAUUCUGGCUUAAUGUUUGGCACCCCUAGACACGUCCAAUUCAUUAAUGCCGCUAGAAGGUAUAAUCAAAAGGAGCAACUUCAACAGGAUUUAAUCAUGAAUAAGUUGAAAGAGAAGGACCGCAAGGCCUCAGUAUCGACGAUGAAGCAACCACUUUACUUGGUUUUACAAAUCAUGCAAGGAUUGAGUAGCAUAUAUGACGAGAAGUUUUGGGGCAGAUUAUCACCAUAUUUGAGGAAGUCAAUAUACAAGGCUGGAGAGUUCAUUUACGACAAAAACAGUAACCAGCCAUGCUUGUACUUUUUUGAAAGCGGUUUAGUUGAUUUCAAGAUUGAAUUCAAUGAUUUGAAGUUUACCAUCAACAGUUCUGAGUUGCCAUUGACGAUGUUUGGUGAUAUAGUCAUCACCAAAUCGGAUAGGACAAUAGACUACAAGGCAAAUACAAGUUGUGUUAUGUGGGUGUUAGACUCCAGCGCAAUCAAAAAGUUAAAGACGGAAAAUAGAGAUGUUUACGAAGAGCUAUUAGUGGUUUGUAUCAGGAUUACCACACAGAGAUUCGAGAGCAUCACAUCGAAUGUUUUAAUCUCAUAGUUAUAUAUAAAGGUUUUACCAAAUUUAAUAAAUGCGAAAUAAAGUAAACAGCCUAGAAAAUGAUUAGAUGGGCAGAAAUAUAUUAGAUCACGUGACUGGUACACUUUUUUUGACUAAAAACUAAGAAGGAAAAGCCUGAUGGAACCUUCAGGUAAAGCCUUGAAGAGCUCAAAAUUUCAUAGUGAAUCGAAGUAGACGAGUGCUUUUGAACCUAACACAAUGGUUUUGUUUGCCGGUGAAAUUAAGAACAAAAGUGAACUAGAGACAUGGCGUGAAAAACUUGGAAUCAAAGUUAACCCUAAUCUCAGAAUAGAGAAAACCAAGGAGCGUGGUAUUGGAGUGUUCUAUACAUGCGAGACGCAGAAUGAGUCCAGCGAACGUAUCGAGUUGAUGCGAAUUCCACACACGUCGAGUUAUAACAUUUAUACUUUGAGAAAACUAGUGGAUGAGAACUUAAGUGCCGAGGA